AUGAACGAAGAUGAUAUUAUUCGUAAGAGAUUGACAGUUGAGGGAGAUAGUGGACAAGAUGACAGAAGACUAACAGGUCUAUUAAAGACUUUUUUAAAAUGGUGUGCAGCAGAUUCUCUAUCUGAGGAAGAAAAUGAGGCCACUUUUCAAAAGAUGCUCUUUACUUUAGGCCAGAAAUUAAAAACAACUCGAGAACUCAUUCAAACUCUAAGAGGAGAGCUUUCCGAUGCAAGACUAGUCCGUCAACAUCGUCAAGAAUAUGACGCCAUGGCCACUAUCAUUCAAAAGUCUACCACACGAAAGGACAUGAUAACAAAAAUAAAUCAACUCGAAAAACAAUUAGAAGAAUUAUCAAGUAAACAUAUUCAACUCUCGGAGCAGUUAUCUUUACGUCGUAAACAAGGACAUUUAUUAGUUCUUUCAAUACAUCAGUUACUGGACACAUUGGAUACUGAUGCGAUAGAUGAUCUCUCUUCGCCAAUGGAAAUAUCAUAA